UCCGUGACAAGCCUGUGUGAUCGCUUAGGUUUGUGAUACUGAGUAGCCUCUCUCGACAGCUCUCGAGGUGGACGGAGACGACCGACACGAUCCGCCUGAAUCGGCCGGCUCGUGGCGCUUGGCGGGCAUAAUAACGCAUAUCGACGUAAGGCCUUUAAGUCCGCGCGUCUGCGAUCGUGUCCAAGUAGCAGGGCCCGGUUCAGAAUAAAAUGCCUAUGCUGGCGAGGGACGGCGACCUCCUCCUCGUGCUCCGCCGAUGCAUGACCGACGGUAAGUGACCAAGGCAGGGAAAACGGAUGAUUAUGCUUCCCCCUUUUUUCUCUUCUCCCUUAGGCCGUCAUACGUUCCAGGCUCUGUCGACGGGAGGACUUAGAUCCGUGCGUGUCACGAGACGCAACGCCUCCGGCACCGUUCCUCACAGCCCGCCCCCUUCCCGGAUUCGAGUGUUGUUUUCCGUAGAAUUGCACACAUGUCAGCUGGGUCGUUUAAUGUUAUUCGCGACAAGAAGGCUCGAGCCUCUCUGUCCCCAUCGAAUUCCGUCUGAUCGACCGCGAGCGCUGUGGGAGGCGGCAACAUGCCUCCUUAAGCGCCGACGAAGUUGGGUACCUCCUAGCAUUACCGACGUAGUAGGUAGAGGUACCUACCUACCUACCUGUAGGUACCUAACCUACACCGCGGAGGAGGCAGGUUCUGGGUCAGUCAAACCCCCUACCGCAUUUGUGUAUGUACGAUGUCUUCGGUCUCUCCCUCUUCUUCUUCCGCUUCUUCUUGUUUCUCUUCCUCCUCUUUACAGGAAGAGGAAGGGAUUUCUAAACGGACCGGUUUGCUGCCGUCGCGCGUGUCUGUCUACUACGUACUAUAGAUACUACGUACCUACAUUGGAUGCGUACCGACCGACCCCUGCCGCGCGAGGCCGCAAGGCGUGAUCGCUGAUGUAGGUAUGCACCUACUAGGCCGUAGGACCUUGGGGCCCUUCGGGUCGGACCCCAGUGCGAUGACGAGGACGAUGCCACCCGUAACCGGCAGACCCCAGCCAGGCCUCGAACAACAGGUACGUAU